GUCCGAACCGAGCCGAGCCGAACCGAGCCCAGCAGAGCCGAGCUGAGCCGGGCCGAGCUGAGCUCAGCCGAGCCGGGCCCUCCCGCCGCCCGGCCGGCUGUUGACAAGCGGUGGCGGGAGACAGCGCGGUCGUCCCCAUGUGGCGGACGCUGGCCCUCGCCUCCGCCUUCUUCCCGGGGCUCUUCAUCCUCUGCAUCCGGUUGUUGCGCUGGGCCGCCCCGGGAUGGAGCCUCAAGGACCGCAUCCUCCUCAGCGGCAGGCUGGUGUCAACGGUCCAAGCCACGAUGGCAACGGUGUCGGGGAUCACGGUUGUCCUCAGCUGCAAGAACGUGGUGCAUGACAGGCACUGGCUGGCCGUGGAGUACAUCUGGGUCCUGGUUCCCUACAUGACCUACGACAUCUACGUCAUGUACCUCUGCCACUGGCACAAGAGCCAGGAGAAGGGCAUCCUGGAGAAGAAGCACUCGCUGGCCAGUGUGUGGAGCUUCCUCCUGCAGGAGCGGCUGAUGGUGACCCACCACCUCUUCAUCCUCAUCGUGCUCACCCCCAUCACCCAGCACUUCAGGGGAGAGUUGGGGGACUUCUUUGUGGGCUGCAUCUUCACAGCAGAGCUGAGCACGCCUUUCGUAUCACUGGGCAAAAUCCUCAUGCAGCUCAAAAUGCAGGACACGCUGCUGCACAAGGUGAACGGGAUCCUCAUCCUGGUGACCUUCUUCCUGUGCCGCAUCCUCCUCUUCCCCUUCAUGUACGCGGCCUACGCCCGCCAGGUGGGGAUCCCGGUGUACCUGGUGCCGUUCCGCAUCCCCCUGCACUGCAACAUCGCCAACGCCUCCCUCAUCGCCCCCCAGCUCUACUGGUUCAGGCUCAUCUGCCGCAAGGCCGCCCGCCUCUACGGCGGCUCUCCCGCCCACCGCAGCAGAUAACGGAGCUGAUAACGGCCAGGGGCUGGCACAGGGCAGCCCCCGGCCCUUCCAUCGGGAGCAGCGAUUCCGCCGGGCUGCCGGAGCUGGAAGCAGCCUCCCGUCUCCAGCGCCGUGCCAGACAGCACCAGCCGGGGCUAGGAAGGCUUUCCUCCCACGCCGCUGCAGUGCCUCGUGUCCUCCUGCCGGGGUGGGAGCCGGCUUGGAAGCACGACAUUCCUUCUGGGAUUCAGCUCUGCGGCCCCGCCGCCCUGAGGGUUACACGAGAGGGGUUUGUUGCAGCCCCCCCCGGCGCGGCUCCCGGGGCUGACACCGGACACCGGCACAGCGCGGCCAGGAGCCUGCGCGGGGAGGCUGGAGCGGCCCGGCCCCAGCAGCGGGGAUGGGGAGCCUGUGCCGGACCUGCCGCAGCCCCAGCCAGCCCUGGAGCUGCAGCACAGCUCUGCAGAGCCGUUCCUGGCCUUUACUGACUUCAGCUCUACACUACAGCCCUGUUCGGCCUCUGACCUCCCACAUGCACCUCACCUCCUGCUGCUGCUGUGGCUGCUGGGCUCAAGCUCCACUUAACUCGAUGGUGCUUUUCACUAAAAGCGUCUGACAGUCCUGCGGGGGACUCCUGUGUUGCCAGUUCUGGUGUUCCCAGCAGGGCUGGAGGGGAGAAGCUCAUGCCAGGACAGAGGAAUGGUUCUGCUGUCUCAGAGCGACGUCUCAUCAACACACAGGGCACUGUGCAGAGCCCCUCCUUGGCAGAGGGUGCAAUUUUCCCUCCCCUCCCCUAACCACAGCUGCUUUUAUCUGGCUGCAUCCCCUCAGCAGGUAUUUAAAACCAUCUGGCACACCCUGCUCUGCUCUGCCCUCCAGCUGGCACCACCACGCCCUGGCAGUACCUGUACAGUCCCAUCCCUCCAGCCCCAUCCCACCCCCCGUGAGGCUGCCAGGGACAGAAGCGGGGCUGCACAGAAGGAACCAGCAACCCCGGAGCAGGAUGCUGAGCUGGCCCUUCACCAGUUCAGCCCAUUUCCACUUUCAGCCACAGCAAAAUGGGUAUAGGCUCCCUGGCUCGCCCUGCACCACGGGGUUCAGGAGCCCUGCGGGUGUGUGCAAUCAGACCACAGCUGAGUUCAUUCCCUGCAGCCAGCACCAGCCAGGGCAGCCACCUCCUCCUCCUCCUGCAGCCUUCUGUGCCUGCUCCAGGGCAGGGAACUGCACUGGCACAACCCUGGCACAGCCCCGGAGACCUGCGACCACUCUGUGCCUUUCAUUCUGUCUGAAACCAGCAGCCGAGCUCUGGGAAACCUGGAUCUUUUGGGGGUUGGAUCUCAUCCCAACCACGGCUGUUGUUCUGGAUAGAGUGUAAAAAUACAAAGGGCCUCUUCCGACCUGUGGUUGUUGUUGCAGAGCUGCCACUGUCACAGUAACCACCGAGAGCAGCUGAUGUUACAAAGCGCUUGCAACUCGUUACAGAUGUUGUAUCUCACUGUUUUCAUUGCAAAUAACGUGCCUUACGUAAGGACAAAGAAAACCCCAGCCAAUGAGGCACCUCAGUUUGCACUAACACUGCCCUAUUUACUAUCAGGAGACCAAUAAAGAUUUCCUCUCUGAGUCACACCA